AAUGUGUGGCAUUCCUAAAAACUUCGUGACUGCCGUUCGGGCUCUGGCCAUCGUCUCCUUGUCUUUGCGUCUUUGCGUGGCGAAAGUUGUAUAUGCAGAGAAAGGCUCUUCCGUGGACUUGCCGUGUCCUUGUCUGCACUGUCCUGAGCAAAACAGAGAAAUGAACUGGUACUUCGACCAGAAAGGCGCUGCAACCCUUCUCUUCCGCAAAGCGCAGCACUCGAGGGUGGAACGUCACCCAGCUGCCUGGGAUCGUCUUGAGAUGCUUCCAAAUUACUCCCUUCGUUUUAGCAACGUGUCGGACAAUGAUACCUGUAGAUACUGGUGUGAGCAGAACAAUUAUUACGACCUGGUGGUUGUCACAGGAAUGAAGCAGAGGGUGGAGAGCUGGAGAACGGGCAGCGUGUGCUACAUCCUGAGUUGCUCCGUCUCAGCCAAAAACAUACAGCACUCGGUGGUCAGCUGGUGGGAAGGCAAAAAGGAGCUUCGGGAUGAAGAGGAGAGAGGAACCGGCAUUUUCAAAGGGGCAAAGACCUCGCAACUCUACAUCUGCUUGAAAAAGGGGACCGCUGGGGACCGGGAAGAGACAGGUAUCAAGGAAAGGAGAGUGAAGUGUUCUUUUGACGACCAGUUGGAGGUCACCUUCAGUUUGACAGGAGCAGCCAAAGAUUGCCUGUCGGUGUGCCCUAACUCAACCCGGUACUUGGAAAGUGGAAGGCAUGGGAGCACCUGGAUCCCAUUGGCUGUGUGUGUCACCCUGCAGUUAGUAGUCAUCGUCGCUCUGGGGGUGAUGUUGUGGAGAAGAAACCAUUGCAGUGAGAAGCAUGGAGAUUAUUUCAACCCGGGCAGAACAGAUGUUUCGAAGCCAAAACACAGGCCUCAGCUAUAUGAGAAUGUCAGGACCCGAUCUGAGACAGCGUAGCAAGGAGAAAACGGCGCUUCCCGCUGACUCAAUCUAUCCUGGACCAGAAUCUGCAGUGCUGGGGUUUCCUGUUGUGUUUCAGACUAAUUUUCCAGUGAGGAGUUCUCACCCUGCCAAUGUUUUCCUCCACCUCUGCAUAUACUAAUGCCCUCAGAUGGAAAGCAAUGCUUCUGGCAUAAAACUUAACUCAGCAGAUCACUCCUUCUGUUGAUAAAUGUUAUUUAUCCCUCUUUAGGAUACUUUUGUUUGUCUUCACCUCUUGAGAGAAUGAGG